CACCCUGACCAGUGGGUGCUCAUUGCACCAGAGGCUGCUACCGACCCCCCUAAGACACCUGACAACGCACCUAUGUUUACAAAACUACGCAGUCCAAGCACAGGGGAAGCAACUCUUUACUUAUUCAAUAGUGGUGCACAGCAGCUGUUUGAAGUAAAAGCUUUUCACGAGGAAUAUCGUUCCUGGUUUAUAGGCGAGACUGUUCAACAAGAUGGGCGCCUGCUCUUUGUUACACCGAUGGACCCCUUAUUUCUGAUACUUUAUUACCUCAUAAAGGCAGACAAAGAGCAGCAAGGAAAGUUCCAGCCACUGGAUCAAGUUGUACUAGAUUCAGAGUACCCGUAUUGCCCAUUGCUGCUGAAGUGUGAAGGAGUCAAACGAUCCAUAUGUCAUAUAACAGAAGAAAAAGAGAUUGGCAGUCAGAAAUUUCACAAGUACAGCCAAGAGAAGACACUGAAGUGGUUAAAGAAGAAGGUCAAUCAAACAGUGAAAGCACUUAAAAGCAACAAUAUAUGUGUAGGCGAAAGGAUAUAUUCAGCUACAUUUGUCAGCGGUAAACAAAUCACCGAUGCUGAAGAAGACUAUGUACGGUAUGCCCAUGGGUUAAUAUCAGAAUAUAUUACUGAAGAGCUGAGCAAGGAGCUGUCAAAAUACCUAGGUCUUCCAGAACAUACAGUCCCAGCACCAGAGCCACCAUUGAAGAAAAGGAAGUUAUCAGAUGUCCCUGUGGAAGCAGAAGAAGACUAUACUAAGUUUAACAGCAGUAAUCUGAAAAACAAAAAGACAAACAGCAAGAUGUCUGCAGCUCAGAAGGCUCUGGCCAAAGUUGAUAAGAGUGGAAUGAAAUCCAUUUCUUCUUUUUUUAGCUCCAAACCUAAAGCAUCAAAAUGAACACUUGUUCUUGAAAAAGUUUUAUAUAGUGGUUACUUUUACAUUAAGCUAUCUCUUGUUAUUUUUGUUGGUUUUUGUUUGUUUCGUUUUUUGUUACUAGUGUAUUUGAGACAUGUCUGUGUCUGUGGUGGAGUGUGAUGAAGGUAUCUGUGGGACUGCUGUUGUCUCAGUACCAUGGAGAAAUUCCAGUCUGGAAUUAGCGUGUACCAUACAGCGCAGCCAUUUUAAUUCAUCUUCUAGGGCAGCCUCAGUCAAGAUCACCACAGAGUUUUGUCAUAGCACUCCAUUCUGGCCUGGAGACUUGCCCUUUCCUGUGACAAGUGUUAAAGGAGAGGAUUUUUAUUCAUUAGGAAGAUUAUUUCUUGAAACACUCUGGAGGUUUUUACUCAGUAUAACACCCAAAUGGGGUGGCAUAAUCAGAUUUCUGUGCUGAUCAGAAUCUAAGUGCUGAAGUAAGCAUCCCCAUCAGUGCCAGUUCAUCAAGGCAAAGAUAUAUUGGGAUUUUGGUUUUGAAUAUGCUGGAAACAAUUGUGAUAAAUUUCAACAUCCAUGUAAUGCAAUAAAGUGCUUUAUGUAACA